ACUGAGGGGUCCUUCUUAUUCCACUUUUCACUGUACGGAGCUCGAAGAACCUCAAGCUACAAAACUUCACCGUACGAACAAUACAAGUUCCUGCUUACGGAUCUCAUCGUCACGAGUUAAUCAGUCCAUCUGCCGUUGAUAUAUAGCGUGUAGAGUCAUGAAGACCGUACAUGAUGAAUACGACAACGCGGCUUUACCGGCUAUCUGUGCUCCAACGUCCCCGUUCGGAAGUUCAACAGGAGGUAGUUCUCCAGAACUUUCCGAGACCGUGCUUACUGACCACUUCGAGCUGUGUAAUAUGUAUGGGAGACGUCAGCCCCAACCGGGUAGGUGGCGUGUGUCGGAGUGACAUAUAUAAGGUGCUGGGAAUGUGGAUAUGACUUCAGUAUCCACUUGCCACAAGGAAUAUUAAGACAUAACAUACCCCUUUCUCACUACUCAAAACCGAAUCCACGACAAGUAAAACAAGAAUGUCUCCUCGCGUCCUUUUUGUUUACACUUCAGUCGAGAAGAACUUGCUUGACCAACCAACUGGCUGGUAUCUCCCUGAGGCUGCUCACCCUUACUAUGUUCUCGCACCUCAUGCAGAGAUUGACUUUGCGGCUCCCAAAGGCCCUAACCCGCCCGUUGAUCAAUACAGUGUCCAGACAUUCAAAGACGACGAAAGCGUCAGGUUCUUGAGCGACGAGACUGUCAAGAACAAGUUCGCCAACGCAAAAAAGCUCUCUGAAGUCAAUUCCGCAGAUUACGACGCGAUCUUCUACAUUGGCGGACAUGGUCCUGUCAUUGACCUAGCAUCUGACCCCGUCAAUGCUAAACUCGCCUCAGACUUCUUCCGUGCAGGAAAGAUCACUGCUGCUGUCUGCCACGGACCUGCUGCGCUGGUAGGUGCAACAGAUGCCAAUGGCCAGCCCAUCUUCAAGGGCAGAGAAGCAACCUCAUUCUCUGAUGCCGAAGAGAUUGCUGUCGAUAUGGUCAAGGUUAUUCCUUUCUUGGUAGAGGAUAGGAUCAAAGAGCUUGGUGGUAUUUACAACGCAGCCGAGCCUUUUGCUCCCAAGGUCAUAAUUUCCGAUAAUCUCUAUACCGGUCAAAACCCUGCUUCUGCAAAGCCUCUUGGUGAGGAGAUCUUGAAAGCGUUGAAGAAGGCUUGAAGUAGCCCAUUAAUAAAAUCUAAUGGUACAACCUGUAUAACACAUUGUAUAUCUAGGCUGCGAUUUGUUUGCCAUUCAAACACCUUUUUUGACCCGUUGCGAGAUAGUACCGCGUAUCAGACUCGACACAUGAGCAUCAAUCAUGCAUUGUGAAGACGAGAAAUGAGAUGAAUAUGAAUA